AUGAUCUAUUCAGUUUUAUUGGUUUGCGUGGGUCUUGCCUCCCAAGCCUCAGCGAUAUGCAGUCGAACAAUGCUCCAGGAGGCCACAGAGGCAUACAUUCGAGCACAAGCCGCCGGGCAGACGAAUAUGCUCCCUUUGGCCGAAAACGUCAGCUAUGCGGAGAAUGAUACACCCAUGGAUAUCAAGAAGGGUGUUCUUACCCAGCCUAUCACAAUCGACUUCAACCGCAGUCUGUACGACACUACUCUGUGUGCUACUUUCACGGAACUCUCAGCGGCCACGAACAAAAACCCAUAUGUCAUCAACACGCGGAUGCUCUUCACCGACGAUAGGAUCACGACCAUCCAAUCUGUGGUGGCAGACAGCGGCGACUGGGCGUUCGAUGCGAAGGGCCAACUUUCCUGGACAAAGAAAGAGAAAUGGGAUCCCAUCCCAGAGAGCAAGCGGGACAGCCGCACCGUUAUCAAGGCCGCCGGCGACGCUUACCUCGACAGCUGGGGCGACAGCAACGUCAAGGUCCCAUAUGGCACACCAUGUGCCCGGCUCGAAGGCGGCAUGUACACGGGCGACAAAAGUCCGACAACCAACACCUGUAAAAUGCCUCAGUUCCCGCAACCGUUUAAGAUCACCAACCGCCGCUACGUCAUUGACGAGGAGAUGGGUGGCGUGGAUAUCUUUAAUGACUUUCCGUUCAUUGAUAAAACCAAACCAAAUGGCACUGCUAGCACCAACUUCAUAAGGGUCGAGGGAGGGUUGAUUCGUUAUAUUCAUGAAACUACUGUGUGUGCAACCAAAAAUUGCGGAAGAUAG